GAAUGCUUCAGGCUGUGAGGAGUACGUCCAGGUUCAAUAAACAAAAUGCUCGCAGGUUUUCUUCAGCUGCUAUAGCUUUAAGAAGCAAGAAGAGCCGCCCAUCAGCAUCAUCAAAAUCAUUUCUCAAUGAAAAGGAUAUAGACCAGAUGAUAGAAGAGGACCACGACUCGGCUGAAGACAAGAGGGAGUUGAGUGAAGAUGAUAAAACCAAGUUAUACGACUCUGUCUCAAACCUUUUGAACUCAGAUACUUUCAAGAGAAUCAUUUCUACAGAGACCAAUUCAAAGAAAUCUUUAAAUAAGAUUUCAUUUGACGAAAAGAAAAGAUUUUCUGAAAAAUUUAGAGAACCAACUGCCAAAUGGAUUACUAAAAUAAAACAAGAUCUUGGAAAAGAGUUGGAAAAAGAUGUUUCAGAAAUUCCAAUAGCAGCACUUCUUAAGGAAGCUUAUGGUUCCCCAAAAAGGUAUCUUAAACCUCUUGAUAUUUUUGAGUCUUUAAAACUGGGUGAUGCUGUUGAAAUGUCAACUGCUUUGAAUCAAAAUGUUAUGGCAGUUGUUAUCGAAGUGCCUUCAAGAGAUGAUGAUCCAAGAUAUACAAUAAUGAAUCGUAAAGGGGAGCUUCUUUUCGUGGAAAAAUCUGCAUUUAAACUCCGUAUUCCAGGAUUGAUACCCAGAGGAUGGGUUGAAGGUAUUGUGGAAGAAACAAAGUAUGAAUCACCAUUGUAUGGAAGUAUCAAAACCACGGUUGAUCACAAAUUUGAGUCCUAUUUUGUUAAUCCGCUGGCAAGAAGAGUUAUAAUGGAUCCAAUAUUACGUAUAACAAAUGAAGCAUGGGAUAAACUACCUGAUAUUUCAAGAAGAUUGGAAAUUCUUCAUAGAGUUGUUCAAGACAGAGGUCCCAAACAAAUUUCAUUAUUUGCCUUAGCAGAAGCUGUUAAUUUAAUAGACCCAGAGAAUUUCAAGAAUAAUCUUCAAAAUAAUGAUGCCACAUCUCAAAGUGAAUAUCUGAAGUUAUCUGAAAAACUUCACGAAUCUGUUGGGCUGGAGUAUAAUUUGCACAAGCAAUCAGAUUUAGGCAGAGAGAUAAGCUCAUCUAAUUAUGGAGAUAAAGUAAGCAUCUCACAUUUGUAUGCUGUUAUUUUGGCUUUGAGAAAACAAGCUAGACUUUGGUCAACUUCUUACUCAUCCAGAUCAGCAAUGAUGCCAACUUCUGUGACUGUCAAUUCUUUGGAAUACGUCAAUAAAAUUGAUGGUGUUAUUGAAUCUUUGAAAAAAGAUACACAGCUUGUGAAAGAAUUUAUGGAUUUUGUUGAAAAGGAAGAUUAUUCGGUAAUUCCUCCUCAAUUUGAAGGCAUUUUAAACUUAUUGAAAGAGUAUAGUGUUGAUAAUAUCACCGACCCAGUUGCAGAAACCGUUAUUUGCCAAUUGAUGAAAAAUAUGAAAAACAUUGAAAAAUCCAACAUCACGAAGACUCAUGUUUAUGACUUAUUGAUUAAUAUUGGAUACAUUAGCAACUCUUUAACAAAUCCACAACAUUUCUCUAAUAAUCUUUGCAUACCUGGGAAAGGUGUUUCAAUCAAAGCUGAUCAUGAACAAGAUUAUUUUGAUUUGGUGGAAAUUUCUGAAGAUGGUGUUCCUGAUGUCUCUGAGUCAAUUAGAAAAGAUUUUGGUGAUAUGAGAGUUUAUUGUAUUGAUAGUGAAACUGCACAUGAAAUUGAUGAUGGUGUGUCAAUUGAAAAAAUUGAUAAAGAAAAUUUUGUCCUUCACAUCCAUAUUGCUGACCCUUCAUCUUAUUUGAAACCUGGAGAUACAGUUUCAAAAAUUGCGUUUGAAAGAGCAUUCACUACAUAUCAACCAGAAUUAGUUUCUCCAAUGUUGCCAAAAACAUUGUCAGAUUUGUGUGGUUUAGGAGUUGAUGGAAGAAAAACUAGAGCAAUAACGUUUUCAGUGCCUUUUAGCUAUAAAUAUGGUGCCAAUUUGAAGGAAGCUAAAGUUCAACCAUCAUAUGUUUCCAACUUUCCUAAAUACACUUAUGACAUGGUUGAUGAAACUUUGAAAAAAACAAAAGAUCAAACUUAUGAGACAAUGAAUAAUGAACAACGUGAACUAAAUGAUUUGUUUAACGUUGCCAAAAGAUUACAAAAAAGAAGAAUUGAUAAUGGCGCAAUUGCAUUUGGUGAUACCAUACAAACAAAUGUUUCUGUUUCCAAAAAUUCUAUUAAACCGGAAACAGCUCUUAUUGAUUCAUCACUAGAUGAAGGGUCUGAUGUUUUGUUCACCAAACAAACAUUGUCCGAUUCGGUUAUCUUGGUUUCUGAACUUAUGAUUUUGGCAAAUAGUGUGGGUGCAGCUGUAAUGAGAAAAUUCAAGAUUCCAGGUAUUUUCAAAGGUAUGAGAAGUCUUGAACUUAGUGGGUCUGCUGUUAAUGCUGUUAGUAGAUUGAAUACUUAUUCCAAGGAAACUGAUAAACUACCAGGUCUUGCUGAUGUUGUCAAAUCCAUCAAGUUUGUUAAUCCAGCUUUUUAUUUCCCAUACCCUAUUAGACAUUUGAUGUUAGGUAUAAAUGGUUAUCUUCCAUCAACUUCCCCAUUAAGAAGAUAUGGUGAUUUGGUGAAUCAUUGGCAAUUCCAUUCAUACUUAAAUACUGGCAAACCAUUGUUUGAUUCUCAACAAAUGGUCAACAUGGCACUCCAUAUUGAAACUAGAAAUGAUAUUUUGAAACGAGCACAACGAUUAUCCAACACAUUCUAUACCUUGUCACAUAUCAAGCACGAAUUGAAGACAGGUAACCAGCUCAAGCUUUCAUUUAUGGUUUGGUCAAGACCCCAUGAUAAUUAUGUUGCUGGUAUGAUCACUGAGUUUGGUGUUUUUGCUAGACUGGCUUUGAAUUUGAAUAAGCAGCCUCCAAAAAUUGGGGAUGUUAUUACUGAUUUUGAAAUUGUUGAAUUGGAUCCUGUUGGUGGGAACUUGGUAACUCAACAACGUUGAGGUCAAUUGGAUAGUUUAUGUACAUAGUUGG